CGGCGUCCACUCAUUCCACACGGCGCCUCUUUUCUCCGAUACACCGACACGACAACAAGCGUCACGGUCACACACAAAGAAAGAUAUGGCUAGAACAUCGGCUAGAGCUAAAAAGUCCAAACAAGAGGUAAACAAAAAGAAGGAAGAAGCCAAAAAGCAAAAAGAAAACAGUUCAACAGACAGUGAAGGAGCAGGCGAAUCAACUGAUAAAGAAAAUGAUAACACAAACUAUGAUGUUGAGAAAAUCACUCAUACCCGUAUCUUCAAAGGUAAAAGGCAAUACCUGGUAAGAUGGAAGGGUUAUACAGAAGAUAAUGAUACUUGGGAAAAUGAAUCUGCAUUACAAUCCUGCAAAGAAAUAUUAGAUGCUUUCAAAAAAGAGCACCUCGGCGAAGAAAACUCUGAUGAUGAGCCUCAUGAGGAAGAAGAAGACAAAAAGAUUAAUGAAAACAAAAGAAAGAAAGUUGAUAAGAAGACAUCAAAGAAGACAAAAAAAUCAGGUAAACCAUCAAAAUCCAAGACAGACGAUGAAGAUGCUGGUACUGAAAAAUCAAAUGAAGAGGAACUCAAUGAAGCAGAAGAAGAAGAAGAGCCUCACGAGGAAGAAGAAGACAAAAAGAUUAAUGAAAACAAAAGUAAGAAAGUAGAUAAGAAGUCAUCAAAGAAGACAAAAAAAUCAGGUAAACCAUCAAAAUCCAAAUCAGAUGAUGAAGAUGCUAGUACUGAAAAAUCAGAUGAAGAGGAACUCAAUGAAGCAGAAGAAAAAGAAGAAAGCAAAGUAAAGGGGAAAAAAGGGAAAUCUACAAAAGAGGUUGAAAAAGUCGCUGAAAACAAUGUAGAAAAGAGUCAUGAUGCCAAAGGGAAAAAAAGAAAAUCUUUGAAAGAAAAAGAAAUAACAAAAACUAAGAAAUCCAAAAAAGAUGAUAGUGAUGAUGAACCGGUAACAGACGGUAAGAAUUAUGAGGUGGAAAAAAUUCUUGAAGUUCACACAAGAAGGGAUGGCACCCGGGAAUUCCUCAUCCGAUGGAAGGGAUACAAACCCGCAGACGACACUUGGGAGCCUGAAGCACAUUUGGAUUGUCAAGAGCUCAUUGAAAAGUUCAUGGAAAAGGUUGAUAAGGCCAAGGACUUUAAUAGGAAAGAGCUGAGAGAACGAUCAGCGACAAAACGUUUCGUCCCUUUAAGCUCAAGACGUGGCAAUCAGCGUAAUAUUAGUGGCUUAAGGCCAUGCUACGCAGAGACUUACGAGGAUUGAAGACAUAAAAACACCUCACGUUUGAAGAUCGUAGGUUAACAGAAGAUGGCAUCGAGUGUGUAUUAGACUAUUUAAGACUUUAGUGAGUGAGUUUUAAUGUGUAAAGUCAACUCUAGAGAUAAGAUCUGAAUUUUGUUUUUUUUAAUUACUACCACAAAUUGUAGUAGCUAGAAAGUAUUAUCUUCUUUAAAAAAAAAAUAACAAGCUACAGUUCUAUUUGCAUCAGAAUACAUACUUGAGAUGAAACAAAGCUAUUUAAACAAAUAAUAUUUGAUUUUUUUUAAGUAGGGCCAAGUUUUCAUUAUAAAAAAUUGUUGUCGUUGUAAUUGUUUGUGUUUUUUACAGAUUAAUAAAAUAAGUGUAUUGUAUUGAACGGUGUAAAUGUAUUGAUAUCAUAAAGUAGAAGUUACUUUAUUUGUCAAAAUAAACGGUCUUUUACCUAACAUUAAAUACUAUUUUGAUUACAUGUGUCUAAUUUAAGUUUAUAGCUUAGAUUAUGUCCUUGAAAAUUAUCAUUGUUAUAGACUAGCCGAAGACAAUUUUAUAUUUAACUAUUUUGACUUUUGACUUAAUGUAACAAUCUAAUGUAAAGUAUUGAUCACCUUCUAGUAUUUCAACUAAUGUAUAAAAUAGUAAACUACCCUAAAAUAAGAGACAGAACCAACAACUAGAAGUCUAAAUUAGAAGUCAAGUUCAAUUGAUUGAUAAUUCAAUUCUGCAAGACCGGUAUGCACACUUUCAAACUUUCAUAAAAGUAGCUGAAUUGAAACUGAAUCAGAACUCGCCUCAGAUUUUCCAAUAGGUCUGCACUAUUUAAAGUCAACGUUAAUGGUGUGCUAAAGGAGUAUUUUGGCUUUCUUUUUCAGCUCUGAAAAUUAUUUAAAAAAUGUAUAUGCACAUGUUUUAAAACUUAGGGUACGGUAUGUACAAAAUGAUCAUUAGAAGUUGUGUACAAAUACUUUGCGGUUCCAUAAACCUUGUUAGAUUCAUAUUGAUUCUGAUGAUUAUUGAUGUUUUUAUGUUCUCAUUUCUAUCAGCUGCCUUCAGUCAAGUAGCACAACAGUUUAUUCUAGAGAUAUAAGUACGUUUAGUUUUAAAGAUUUUAUGUUGUUAACAUUUUCUUAGGUUUAUCUCAUAGCGUACUGAUUAUGCAAUUAUAUGAGAGAAUAUAAACCUGUUUUUUUUCCUCUCAAAACAUGCAAAGAUGUUUUAUUUUAUGUUUAUGAAUAAAUGUUCUCUAUUCAUACAUUUUA